ACUUUUUCAAAAGAAACGAAAAAGUUUUUAAAUUUCUAUCAAAGUCUAUUCACCCCCACCCCUUCUAGACUAUGUAUCUCACCACUUAGGGGACAACCAAUUGGUAUCAUAGCAAACUUCUCACUAUCUAUAUUUAGAUUAAAGAGAAGCAAUCAUAAUGGUGAACAAUAUGGAUCAUGGUUUGCCAAAGUUUUCUCUUCUUGGUUAUGAUGACUGGAAGAUCAUGAUGGAAGCACACCAUUACGCCCUGCACGACUGCAUGUGGAUGGUGCUUGAAGAGGGGCCCUUGAAGAUUCAAAUGGAGAAUCCAGAGAGAGAUCCAAAUAAUCCAGACCAAGGUCUUGGGAAGCUGUGUGAGAGAUCAGAGGACUUGAAAAAUCCGAAGAUUGAAGUACUACUUGAGAAGUUCAAAAACUUCAAGAUGCUUCCUGGUGAAUCAUUUGACUUGUUGGAUGAGAGAUUCCACAAGAUUCUUAAUGAUCUUGCAUUACUUAACCACGUUCUUUUUCCCAAAGAAAAGAACGUAAGGAAGCCUGGACACUGGAGGUCAGCAUGUCCGUACCCAAAAGUGGAGAAGUACGAAGAAGGAGAAAGGAACGAAAAGAAGGAGAAGACAAUGGUAGCAGCUAAGAGUGACGAGUCAUCCAAUUCCAGCUCGGAUGAGGAAGCCCUCGUUUGCAUGGAGCGCAGAAUUGAGAAGUCCAACCAUGAAGACCGUUCGACAAUGUUAGAAGAUGAAACUCUCUGCCUCAUUGCCAAAGAUGAUGUUGAUGAAGAGAAAGCCACUAAGUACCCAGGUUACUCCUUGGAGUUCUGCAAGGACAUGGUAUCCCUCAAGAGCAUCUCCACAAAUGAAGUCAUUCUCACUGGAAAGAGAAUCAGAAACAUCUACGAAGUAAUGUGGGAGAAGGUCAAGGAGGCCUACUUAAUCAGCAAAGGUGACACUAACCUUCUAAGGCUUUGGCAUAAGAGGUUGAGUCAUCUCAACUUCGACACCCGAAACAAGCUGUCCAAAGAAGGGUUAGUGGAAGGACUUCCCAAAGUUGUGUACAAGAACGAAAGCAUCUGUGAUGCUUGUAAAAAAGGAAAGCAAGUCAAGUCCACUUUCAAGGCGAAGCCAGCGCACUCAACUACAAGGAUACUAAGUCUUAUCCACAUGGAUUUAUUUGGACCUGUCACUCCAAUAAGUCUAAGUGGAAAGCAAUAUGUCUUAGUAGUAGUUGAUGACUAUUCAAGGUACACGUGGACAAUCUUCCUCAAUAGCAAGAAGGAAACAAAAGGGAAGCUCACAAACUGCAUGAAGUUGAUUCAGAACCAAGCAACUCAGACCAUCCAGAAGAUCAGAUCUGACCAAGGCACAGAAUUCCUAAAUGAGAUCAUCAUUCACUACUUUGACAAACCAUCAAAGCAUGAUCAUGAGGUUCUGGAUCUCUCAGACAAAGAUAAAGAAGUCAAUGAAGGAGAUAGAAUGAAGCCAAUGGAGUUCAUUCCAUUCGGAAGUCUACCACUGAAGACUUCUCGGAGAAAUCCGGAUUCAUACUGGGCUGAGCCUACCGAAAUUCAUGUCCAGCCUUCCGAAACUCCAAAUCUCUCACAUGGCGACAAUUCUGGAAAUGCGAAGAAAGGAGAUCUGAAGAAUGAUUACGAGCUCUUACUGGAAUUAAUCAUUGGCUGUCUGGAAUGCGACUAUGGAGGACAUGCUGAUGACAUCACUCAAGAAAGAGCAUUCAUCAUUAAUUCCCUCAUUUCCAAAACCCAGGUAAACUGGGCUAAGCAUUUCUUCAAUUCCAUCACCAAGCACAUUGGCCAACCUGGGCAUAAAUUCCUUUUCCAAGGACUCUACAUUGGGUAUGUUUUAGAGUGCCUGAAGGUUGCCGCAGAUGGCAUGAAGUAUGAGGAAAGAUUCUGGUUGUACUACCUAUCAAUCAAAGGAGAAAGCAAAGCUAGUUCUGUUGCUAAAGAAGAAGGAUCUUCAAAUGAAGUUCAUUCCACCACUUUGAAGAAGGCUUCAAAGAAGAAACAAGUGGCAUCCACCUCUCCUAGUGCUGAAGAACCACAGAAUCUUGAAAGAACCAGUGAAAGCUUGCUGCUGGAAUAUCAAUCAACCUCUCCCCCUCCUGAAUAUGAAGUUGAUGAUGAGGAUACAACAGUCUUUAAGUCCAUAUUCUCAAAUCCAGCACGGAAUACCCAAGGAGGUGAAGAUGCUGAGAUAGCUAACAUGGAGGUUACUGCUGAAACCCCAAUUACUAUCAUUGAGCAUCACAAUGAAGAAGUUGUGAGAGAUUCCCUUUCCCAACAUAUCUCAAACUACAAAGAUGAAGAAGCUGAGGAAGAAUCUUUCAAGACUUCGAAGAUUGGUGAAGAGGAUGCUGGAAAUGAAGAGAAAGCUGAGUCUCUGCAAUGCUUCCACAGCCUACCUCCACCCUACCAGUGUUUUACUCAAGGUUAUCUGAAAGUCCUCGCAGAAAAUCAGAAGGAACAUUUCCGGUUGCUCAAGGGUAUGACAACAUUCACUCCCGGACACAAACUAGAUGUAACUCUCCAAUACACCAAUCUUCCGGAAAACCCCAGGAAACCCAUCCAAGUCACUCAAGGAGAAGCGAGUUACAUCCCAACCCAUCUGCAGCUGAGUGACAUUCUCCUGGGUGCCCAGCAAAGCAAUCCGGAGCUCUCACUGGAACACUUAAGCAACAACCAAUUUGAUGGAACAGAAGCCAUAGGAACGGAUGUCUUGCACUUCAUAAAUGAAGGACAGCACAAGGAGCGCAUGGAGAAUCUGAAGCGCAUUAGAGCUGAAUGUGGACUCAUUCAAGGUUUGGGUGCAGCUUCCGAAUCCUCCAGACCAUACAAACGAAGAAAGACUUGAAGAUUUAUCUCAUCAAAACAGGGGGAAGUUAGAUUUACACUUAUUGUUUUGAUGAAAACACCUUCUUAUUUAAAUAUUCUUUGCUUAAAACUCUUACAAUUAU